GGUCCCGCGAGCCGCUUGUCUUGUCGCGAGAAGCAGCGGCCUGGGGCGUCUGCGCCGACAAACGGAAGUGCAGGUGACUGAGAUAUCACCGCCAAGCUGGGCGUCGGGGAGAUGGCCGAGACUGACCCCAAGACCGUGCAGGACCUCACCUCGGUGGUGCAGACACUGCUGCAGCAGAUGCAAGAUAAAUUUCAGACCAUGUCUGACCAGAUCAUUGGGAGAAUCGAUGAUAUGAGUAGUCGCAUUGAUGAUCUGGAGAAGAACAUCGCAGACCUCAUGACACAGGCUGGGGUGGAAGAGCUGGAAGGUGAAAACAAGAUACCUGCCACACAAAAGAGCUGAAGGUUGCUAAUAAUUUAUACUGGAAUCUGGAACACCAUUUUUCCAAGCCAAGAGAAAACUGAAUGGCUUUUUGCAGCUAACUACUAUGUGUAGACAGGUUUUAUAUUAUAACGUGUGCAUUCUUAUCACCUACUAUAGAGUUAGUUUAUAGAGUGAUUUGCCCCCCAGUUUCUUGAACAUGGUAUCUUCACAUGUUGGACCUUGGUCAGUUGUGCUGUUCAUUAUUAAACACUAAAACUUUGGCGGUUCCUGCAUAAAAUUGUCAAAUUUUUUAGUGUAUUUUUGUGAAGUCAUAUUUUUUUCUUGCCAUUCCUUUUGUAGUAGUUGCUGUUUGGAUAAAAGUUGCUGUGUAAUUUUUUUCUUGGACAAAUAGUAAACCCUUCUAGUCUUGGUGAAGUAAGAUGUUUGUAGACUUUAGGGUUCUUUAAUUCUCAGCACAAAGUGACUGUUGAGCUGACACCAAAUAGUGUGUUAGCAGUGCUUUUCAGACGGCUAAAAACACCUAAAGGUGGCUUAUUCAGGAACAUCUGUCACUGCCCUGUUGCUAAAACUCGGAAUAGAACUUAGACUGACGUCUGAGUCCCUGAGAUCACAUGCUGAAGUCAAUGAAAAGUAACCACUGCCACUUUCCUGUGUUAGGACUUUCACAGUACAGAGAAGAACAGAAUAGCUUCUGUGAUGAGGAGUUUGUUAGCGUUUUGCAUGAGAUUCUAAUACUUCAGUAGGACCCUACAAUGGUUCAUCUACAAUGGUUACCAUAAAAAAAAUCUGGCAGGAUUUUAAAACUCAGUCAUUCCAUCCUUCCUUUGAGCUACUGACUAGAAAAGAAAGAAAGAAGGAAAAGAGACCAUAUUAAAUCCAUGCUGGUUGCUUGGCUAGAGUAUGAUCAAUGACUUGUUGUAGACUCAAGUUUUUAAGAAAUACUGUUAAUUACUUAAGUUGUUUCUUAUCUAAAUUCCUGCAGAGGAACGAUGUUAUUGUUGAUUAAAGAAGACAGGGAUGAUACCUUUUAACUUCAGUUACUCAAAAACUCAGUGCCGUGAGUGCUGAGCCUCCAGCCCGAUACUGAUGACCUGGAAGGUGAUCCGUGUGAUUGUCACCACAAAGUGCAUUUACAUAAAAACUUGAAAAAUUGAAAGACAUAACUUUUUUUAUAUCACCAGUCUUGGUGUUUAUAUUGCAAAUUUAUAAUAGUAAGAAAUACUUUGUCCUAUAUACAGAUUACAUGGGGAGCAUAAAGGAGUUGGAUCCUUCUUUAAUAAAACGAAUUCACCACUGUGGUACCCAAUCACAGAACCUCCUUUGAUCAGGCAGGUAGGUUGUGCUGCAGGAUUGAGCCCCCAGAAUGCCCCGCACACGCUCUGCAGGCCUUGACCAGACCAGCUGAAACCUGCAUCUCUGCUGAAUGUUCUCAAGCCUUGUAAGUGGCAAAUGGAAAUGAUAUGGCCGAUUGCAGUCGUAGGAGAGUUGUGACUUAGGCAGGAGUCGACCUCUUUUAAGUAAUGGAACGAUUUCAAAGGCAGGCUGCCCUGACCAAAAAUAUCUGCCAUGAAUAAAGGUGCCUGAAAUCCUGCUAUGAA